UCACCAGGCAUCAGGUCAUUUGGCUCGACAGCGGGCACCGCGUCAUCUGGCAAGGCAGUGGGCUCCGAGUCAACAGGCACGACAGUGAGCACCGGGUCAUCAGGUACCCGGAUUGUCUGGCUCGACAGCGGGCAUCGGGUCACCAGGUAUGACAGCGGGCACUGGGUCACCAGGCAUCAGGUCAUUUGGCUCGACAGCGGGCACCGGAUCAGGUACCGAAUCAUCUGGAUCAACAGCGGGCAUCGAGUCAACUGGCCUAAUAGGAUCGUCAGGCUGGAUCAGUUCAUCAUGCUGGAGGCAUCAGGCCGAGUAGAGGCAUCAGGCCGAGUAGAGGCUUCAGGCCGAGUAGAGGCAUCAGGCCGAGUAGAGGCUUCAGGCCGAGUAGAGGCAUCAGGCCGAGUAGAGGCUUCAGGCCGAGUAGAGGCAUCAGGCCGAGUAGAGGCAUCAGGCCGAGUAGAGGCUUCAGGCCGAGUAGAGGCAUCAGGCCGAGUAGAGGCUUCAGGCCGAGUAGAGGCAUCAGGCCGAGUAGAGGCA